AUGGCUCCUGUCAAGAUUCACGAGCUUCGCGAAAAGGCAAAGAACAAGGUUGAGAUUAUGAAACAGCUCGAUGAACUUAAACAAGAGCUGGCCAGCCUUAAAGUUCAAAAAAUCGCGGGUGGUGCACCUUCAAAAUUAACAAAGCUUCGCGAGGUUCGCAAGUCAAUUGCGCGGGCUAACACUGUCAUAUCACAAACCCAACGUAAUCAACUUCGCCUCUUCUACAAAGGCAAGAAGUAUCUUCCCCUUGAUCUUAGACCAAAGAAGACUCGUGCUAUCCGCCGCAAAUUAACAAAAUUUGAGGCAUCGCGGAAAACUAGGCGCACUCGUCUUAGAGAAAUCCACUUCCCUCAACGCAAGUAUGCUAUCAAGGCAUAA